ACAACCCAUGCUCUUCGCUGCAUAGAUAAGGCAGGGGGCAUUGAUGAGUAUCUGCUGAAGACUCCUUACCAUAAGAUGGAUACAGAAAUGGGUCUUUUUUGGAAGAGCAAGAUUGAGAAGCUGCAUGAAGAGCUGGGGAAGAUGGAGGUAGUAUUCUUUUCACCAGAAGAUGAAGCCAAGUUUGAACAGGGUUUUAAAGACCUGAAACUUGCCAAGAGGGCAGCCCGUAGGGAACUCAGAAGACAGAUGUAUGGAGGUUCAAGCAAACAAACACAAACCGAGGAAGGAAGCACAGAUAGUCCGGUAACUGAUGAGGAAGCUACAACCUCUGGGGAAGGAAGCCAACAUCAUGAUGUUCAUGAGCAGUUCGUUGCCAACUCCUGAGACUCAAGUUUGG